AGCAAGAUGACCUUCGAGUACACACGGUGUACCACCGGGAGGGAAACACACAACACACACACACACACACACACACACACACACACACACACACACACACACAUCCUUCACUGAGAGUUAACUGAACUUUACGCAGCCAGUCGGUAAGCGGAGCGCAGGAGAGGACUGCCGUUUCUACCCGGUGGAAUUCGGAGUUGCUUCACCUGAUGAAGAGAUGUUGUUUUUCAACUAACAGUGAACAGACAUUCACUUUUUUAGUGGGCAGAGUUGGAUGUUUCACGCGGCUGUUUGUGCUCCUCUCGUGAUGGGCUGACAGAGACAGAGAGACCAAACCAAAUGGAUUAUCUCUCCUCCAAACUCCACCGGCCACCUGUAGAGUAACUAGCGGGGCCGGUAUGAUAGUGUCUAACGUUAGUCUGAGCUGCGGCGUGAGCUGCCCAUGGGGAGUCAGUGACGGUAAGACGGUGGUCACGCAGGGAGGAGGCUCAGGUUCUCUGAGUCCUACGGGACAUCUCGUGGUGGCAGUGUGUCUGGGGUUCAUAGGUACAUUCGGUUUCCUCAACAACCUCCUGGUGUUAACGUUAUUCUGCCGGUACCAUACGCUGCGCUCGCCCAUCAACGUCCUGCUGUUGAGUGUGUGUGUUUCGGACCUGCUGGUCUGCGUGCUCGGGACACCGUUCAGCUUCGCCGCUGCCACGCAGGGCAGGUGGCUGAUCGGGAGGGCAGGAUGCGUCUGGUAUGGCUUCAUCAACUCCUGUUUGGGUAUCGUGUCUCUGAUCUCCCUGGCAGUGCUGUCCUAUGAGCGUUGCUGUACCAUGCUGUGUCGGAUGCAGGCGGAUGGUACUGACUUCGGUACAGCGGUGGCUGGAGUGUGUUUCUCCUGGGUCUACGCCCUGGCCUGGACACUGCCCCCGCUGCUGGGCUGGAGCAGCUAUGGCCCCGAGGGACCAGGAACGACCUGUUCAGUGGACUGGAGGACCCAGACACCCAACAACAUCUCCUACAUCGUCUGUCUGUUCACCUUCUGUCUGUUACUGCCUUUCUCUGUCAUAAUGUACAGCUACGGCAAGCUGCUCAGCGCUAUCAAACAGGUGAGCAAUGUGAGCACGGCGGUAACCCGUCGUCGUGAGCAACGUGUGCUGGUGAUGGUGGUAACCAUGGUAGCGUGUUACCUGUUGUGUUGGCUGCCGUACGGUGUAGCGGCCCUGCUGGCGACCUUUGGCCCUCACAACCUUUUGACCCCUGAGGUCACCAUAGUCCCCUCGCUGCUGGCCAAGACAUCUACAGUCAUCAACCCUGUUAUAUACAUCUACAUGAACAGACAGUUCUACAGGUGUUUCAAGGCUUUGCUAAGAUGUUCUUCUCCUGACCGAAGCUCCAGUUUGAAGGCGUCAUCACCGGCGACCAAAACUCUCGGGACCGUUCGCAAUGGAAACGGACACGACGUGCCGGUUGUUUUGGCGUCAGUAGGCCCUCCCACUCCGACUGACUCUGCCAACAGUUCCUUAGCGGUAGCGGAUGACCUGCCACCAUCACCUCCCAAAAUCCCUCCCCUGGUCCAAACCACGCCCCCUCUCCAAACAAUGCCCACUGCCACUCCCAAACCAAGACUGACCCUCGUAGCUCACUACAAUGGAUAGAGAGAGAAAGGCUUUGUGUUCCCAAGACAUAAUGUACGUUAGGAGUAAGAAGGAGAUACGUCAUGGUAAGAUGGAGGUCUCUCUGGAGUAGUCCUUUCAAGCUGUGCAGUAGGUGGUUUUGUUCUUAUCAAUGUGAAUGAUCAGAAAUCUGACAGAUCUGUUAGAGGUGAAGAUAAAGUCCCCAGGAAUCUUACUAUAAUCACAGUCUCACUCACUCACUCACUCACUCACUCACUCACUCACUCACUCACUCACUCACUCACUCACUCACUCACUCACUCACUCACUCACUCACUCACACACACAGUAACCAGUGGAAUCAUUUGUAAAUGAAUUGUUGAUUCGAUCAAUGAUGGUGAAAAAAUGUACUUUGAGCACAAAAUGAUUUUUCUGAUGGCUCAGGUCAGGAACAUUGUUGCAGGGUAAGCUGAUCCUAGAUCUGUGGCGAUGAGCAACUUCAACCUGAAGUAGUCUCUCUAGACAGACGCGUUGCCUCCCACAAUGUACCAAUGUUCAAGCUUAACAUGCCUGUUUGUAUACAACAUCAGUUUGGCAUAGAGGAAAGGGCCAUUCGGCUUUCUUACAAAUCUAAUCAAAUGAAAUUUUAUUUGUCACAUGCGCUGAAAACAACAGGUGUAGACCUUACAGUGAAAUGCUUACUUACAAGCCCUUAACCAACAAUGCAGUUUUAAGAAAAAUUUGACUAGGGUUGCUGGAGUCUUUGACAAUUUUUAGGGCCUUCGUUUGACACCGCCUGUUAUAGAGGUCCUGGAUGGCCGUAGUCACUGCCUUAUCCGCUUGUUGCCCUACCGUAAACAUCCCCCAGACACAAAAUGGUAGCUAGCAAGAUGGAGUUCAGGGAGUUUUUUUUUAAUGAGGGCAUUUUGCAAGGGGCUAGUUUGCAUCAACUACCUUCACUAAAACCACUGCAAAGGUUUUGCCUGCAAACUUUGUUUUCGAAUCGGGACGUUCUGGCAUGUCUGCCUCGUGAUUUGUUGGGAGUUGUCUGUCUGAAGAGGACCCUCCCUGGAUAGUUUUCCUUUUUUUUUCUUUUCUUGAGGUUACCAAGAGAAUCCGUCAUUAAUCCCAGUGCUGUUACUGCCCUUUGUCUGGGAUUUCCAAGACUAAACCUGAAGUGAAGGAUUAGCAUGUUAGCAUUAGGUUUUCGAGACAUGCUAGCAACAAGGCAAGCAUUAGCGCAUUAGCCUGUUUGUAUUGGGCUUGAAUGGAGAAUUAGUAUGCCAGCAACGAAACAAGCCUUAGUCUGUUUGUAUUAGAUUUGAAUGGAGAAGUAGCAUGCUAGCAAUGACAAAAAUAACAAUUUGUUUUGGGUUUGAAUGAAUGAUUAGCAUGCUAGGUGUAGACCUUACAGUCAGAGAUGGGGAAUCAGCACACCAGCACCUGAGAGGAUUUAAUUAAAAAACACAUUAGCUAUGUCACAACAACAAAUUACACCAAGCUACAAAAAUAGGGCAAGCUUGUUCUUUUAUUCACUAUUAGCUACAUUAAUAGUGUGUUUAAGCUAUGCAGGAAUAUUUCAGAGAGACACUGUUUUUUGGCAGAGAACAUAUUAUUUGAUUAGGUUUCUGAUUAUGUUUUGUUGCCUAAAGAGCAGGAUAUUCUGUGCAUUUUGUUGAUAUAAGGAUUAUUGAUGGGUUCUCUGACCCUGUUUCCAUGCUUCGUACAGAAGCACUGAUUGAAGAUUUGAUACACAAGGGGAUUUGAUACAGUGUGUUAAGCAUUUCAUAAUAAUAUCAUUUGAAGUAACAUUUUGUGCAAUUAUAAAUGUUUGUUUAAACAUAUAUAUAUAUAUCCCAGAGAGAAGAAGAUAAGUCUGUCUGUACAGCCUCUUACAGAGGAUUUGAGAAGGGAAGAGAAGCGGGGAGAGGAGAAGAGAGGAGAGGAGACGAAAAGAGAAGAGAGGAGAGACGAGAGGAGAGGUGAGGAGAGACGAGGCAAUGUUCUCGUUCCCUAUCGCCCCUCAUCUCUUUCAAAUAUAUUCCUCUCCACUCUUUCUUUCUCCCUCGUCUCUUAUUUGAAAUCACAGCUGUCAGAUUAAACCAGGCAUUAUUAACUGAGUUACAGUAUAGGGAAGAGAACAUGAAAUGCCCCAUCAGGGCAUAUAGUAGAUACUAUAGUAGAUACUAUAGUAGAUAAUAUGGUAGAUACUAUAGUACAUAAUAUAGUAGGUAAUAUAGUAGAUACUAUUGUAGAUAAUAAAGUAGAUACUAUAGUACAUAAUUUAGUAGAUAAUAAAGUAGCUACUAUAGUACAAAAUAUAGUAGACAAUAAAGUAGAUAAUAGAGUACAUAAUAUAGUACAUAAUAAAGUAGCUACUAUAGUACAUAAUAUAGUAGCUACUAUAGUACAUAAUAUAGUAGCUAAUAAAGUAGAUAAUAUAGUAGAUACUAUAGUACAUAAUAUUUGUAGAUAAUAAAGUAGUUACUAUAGUACAUAAUAUAGUAGAUAACAUAGUAGAUAAUAAAGUAGCUAUAUAGUAGAUAAUAAAGUAGCUACUAUAGUACAUAAUAUCGUAGAUAACAUAGUAGAUAAUAAAGUAGCUACUAUAGUACAUAAUAUAGUAGAUAAUAUGGUAGAUAAUA